AUGUCUUUGGGUAUUUGUACCCUGCUUCCCUACAACUGCCUGCUGAAUGCUCAGCCCUACUUUGAACAGCAUGCCUUCAAUGGUUUGGACUUUCCAUUUACCAGCAUGAUGACGUACUCCUUGUGUCUCUGCAGCGCGCAGAUCUACAUGACCUGCAAAGGCGAUGGUUUUACAGUGAAUCAACGCAUGGGCACGGCCUUCAUUACAGAGGUUGUGGUGUGCAUUUCCUUCUUUUGUUUGACCUUUGCAUCCAAGAGCCAUGGGCAUCAGCUUUACGUGCCGGUUUUAGUGACCAUUGCUGUCCUGGCGGUGUCCAAUGCGGUGCUUCAAACCGGCGUCUUCGGUGUCGCAGGCUCCAUCAAUCAAGGGAUGUCCUCGGCCGGGAUGUUAGGCCUAGGCAUUUCGGGCUUAGUGAGUUUCUUCGUUUCCCUGUUGGUGCAGGGGAUUCAGCACGCAAUGAACCCAGCGACCAGUGAUAGCGCAGCCGCGGGGAUGACUGUCGCCCUAGUGAUGUGGGGCAUUUGCAUCCUGCAGACGCUCCUGUCCUGCUGGGUCUACUUCGUUUAUCUCCGCUUGCGCCUUCCUGAGACGGCCAGUGCCAUUGCCAUGUUGGAGGAGCAGCGAACGCGGACGCCGUCCGAGGGCUCCGGCAAUUUGGCCUUUGAUACUGGGGAUGGCGCUUGGGGUCAGCUCUGCAAGCGCCUCUCACCGAUUUUGCUGGAAAUUUGGCCUCAGGCCAUGAAUGUGUGCGGCGUGUUCUGCGUGACCAUGGCCAUUUUCCCGGGCGUCCUGGUCCACUGGCUGCCUCUGGCAGCUUCCAGUUUUCGCAACAGCAAGCAGCUCUAUGGCAACAUCCUCAUCGGCUGCUUCCAGGUCGGUGACGUUCUGGGACGAACCAUGACAGGGCCGCUGGCGAAACGCAUUGGUCCUUCACGCUUUGCUUUCAUUCCCUUGUUCAUGUUGGGUCAACGAUCGCCUGAAAGCUGCUCGCUCUGGGGCUCGGAUGUGGGUCGAAUGCUGCUGUGCUUGCUCUUGGCCAUCAGCAAUGGCCUCAGCGCCAGUUUGGCCAUGAUGUUUGGCCCUGAGUGCUGCAGUGUGCUGGAGAAGCGAGAGGUCGCCGGAAUGGCCAUGAGUGCGAUCAUGGCAUUUUCACAGGCUCGCUCUUGGCCUUUGCCACUCAGAUCGGAAUAUCCACCUGAUGGCCUAGGGGCAGCAGGGCGCUCUGCUGCGAGAUCAGGUGACGGCGAGUAUGCGGCAAGUCGUCAGGCGACGGAAGGACAAAUCGACAGCGAUGCGGGUGCGAUGAACACUGCCACAAGGCCACGAGCCGUGCCCACCGCGCCCAGCACCUUUCUGGGCCGGCCCGUGGCAAGCGGUUCAAGCAGUUCCCGGUGGAAGCCCAGAUGGCCAAGCAGCUGUGCACCAGCCGCGCUGGUUGUGCUGGCGAGUUGGGCCUUCAGUUGUUUUCACCAGCCUGGGGUCAUUGACGAUGACGACAUGAGGUUGCGCAGCUUAUUUGAUCUUAUUUGGAGUGCCGUGGGUCAUGGCAUUUGGAAAGCUUUGGUUCGAUGCACUGUGAGAGCUCAAGUAGAAGACGCUAACAUUGGUGACCCUUAUAUGCUGCCAUGCGCUCGCUUCGCUGUGUGCGGCCCGGGCGAUGGCACCGCGGGCACCGCUGGCACCGCUGGCACGGUGCCAGUGUGGUGGGUGCCAACAGUGUCAGUGGCCCAGCUGAAAGUUGCUGCGCAGGGUGGAAGGGACAGCAUUGGAACCGUUUUGAAGCCAGGUGAUGUAUCCAAUGUAUCGGACGCCAUGAACUUGGUGGCAUCGAUCCGAGAUGGAAGCUUUGCUAGAGAGAAGGCCAUUGAAGAGCUUGAAAACCUCCACCUCACCGCUAGUAGCCUCCCGGAGCUUACAGCUGCAGCCAAGCGCACUGGAGAUCUAGGUCUGUGGCAACAAGUGCUAAAAGUGCUGGAGGACGCCCAACAUCUACAGCUGGCACCGGACAUCAUCCUCUAUGGAGCCGUCAUGAAUGGCUGUGAGAAGAGCCACCAAUGGCAGGUGGCCCUGGCAGUCUUUGAGCAAGCUCAACUGGAGGGUCUCGCUCCCAGCCUGGUUGCGGCCGGUGUGGCCCUGAGUGCCAUGGGCCGUGCCUCAUUGUGGCCUCGAGCUUUGGAUCUCUUGGAGGAGUUGCCGCGCUGGAAGCUGCGGCCAAAUGUCUUUACCUACAACGCCUGCAUCAGUGCGUGUGAACGAGGUCAGCAGUGGGAAAAAGCCUUAGACCUCUUGAAGAACAUGAACGGCGACGCGAAGCCGGACAUUGUGUCCUUCAACGCCGCCAUGAAUGCUUGCCAAAAGGCCGAAGAAUGGCGAGUUGCUUUGCAAGUCUUUGACUCCAUCACUGACGCUUCUCCGACCGAGAUCACUUACAACAUCCUCAUCAAUGCGUCGCAGAAAGCUUCGAACUGGGUGAGAGCCUUGGAGUGCUUGGAGGAGAUGAGAUGUAAGCACUUGGUCCCUACUACGGCCUCUCACGCCAUGGCGAUGAAGGCAUGUUUGCGAGGAAGUUCCUGGUCAAGCGCCCUGCAGCUCUACCAGAAGCUGCCUUCGCAUGAGAAGGACGGCCCGGUGCUGCGGAGUCUGGGGAUGCAGACCUUGGGCGAGGCAUCCGCCUGGCCAGAAGCCUUGCAGCUCUUGCAGCCGGACAGAGACCAUACGGAUCAGGGAUGCUUCAACGCAGCUAUGAGGGCCUUAGAAGUCUCCAACCAAUGGUUGCAAGCCUUAGGGCUGUUGGAGGUCAUGCAGCAGCGUGACAGGCUGCAGGUGGUUCCAAUGACCAUGGCCAUGAGCGCUUGCAAGCGCGCCACGGAAUGGGCUGCGGUCCUUUUCCUGCUGCGGGACAUGAUGCCCUCGCUGGGCCUUGAACCUUCCCUACCAUGCAUGAGCACAGCCUUGGGGGCUUUGCUACAGGCUGGCCGUUGGUCAGAGGCCUUGCAGCUGCUACAGGCUUCAACCGUGUUAGCUUUAGAUGCAGCAGAAUGCAACCGGGCCUUUAAGGACUUUGCGACGUCGCGUUCUUGGGAAGAGGCGCUGGCGCUGGCAGAGCACAUGCGGCAGCAAGGGCUGACCUUCACCGAAGGCAACCGUAUGCUGGAGGAAAGCUUGAGAUCCAGGAGGCUGGCCCGGCCGCCGCCUCCACCCCGGAAGGAGGUGAAGCCACGACCUGCAGGCCCACGGCCAGCGGAGGAGAUUGAUCCCGAUGCUGAACCCCAGGCAAAGAACUAUGAACUCUUGCAGUCUGGGGAUGCGAAGAUCGACCUGCACGGGCUUCCCGUUGAGGUGGCGAAGGUCGCAGUCCAGGUAGCUCUGGAGGAUCUGGUGCUGGGUGCUCCUGGCUCUCCAGCGGCGGUGGAUGUGGGCGAUUUGAUCAUCGUCACCGGGGUGGGGAACAACAGCCCAGGUCGCGUGGCACUGGUGCGGCCUGCUGUGAUCAGUUUUUUGAGGGAUGAACUCUCGAUCAAGGUGCUUGAGCAUCGCCGGGAUGGGCCUGGACGUUUGCGGGUCCCUUCCUCUGAGCUCAGGAAACUUCGUGGGGUGCCACGCCCUGGCUAG